CAGAGGAACACCAACAGGCAACAAGCUUUGUCUAUCUCAACUUGGUCGUCUUUCUUAGGAACUGCCUCCAGUUUAUUAUGUGGCCAAACCAUCAUCUUAAAAUCAGAAGAAGCUAGAGUCAUAAUGGACAAGGAAACAGACCAGGAAGAUUAUUUUGUACAAGGUCAAACCUUCAUUAAACAGGAAGUAGAUGAAGACAUGACCAAUCCUGAUACAGCUCAAGACCAAUGGACCACACAAGGUCAAACCUUUACCAUCAAACAAGAAGUAGAUGAAGACAUGACCAACCCUGAUACAGCUCAAGACCAAUGGACCACACAAGGUCAAACAAUUACCAUCAAACAGGAAGUAGAUGAAGACAUGACCAACCCUUAUACAGGUCAAGACCAAUGGACCAUACAAGGUCAAACCUUUACCAUCAAACAGGAAGUGGAUGAAGACAUGACCAACCCUAAAACAGCUCAAGAACAAUGGUCCACACAAGGUCAAACCUUUACCAUCAAACAGGAAGUAGAUGAAGACAUGACCAACCCUGAUACAGCUCAACUCCAAUGGACCACACAAGAGCUUGAGGAUGGAGAGGAGGUAAGACAAUCAUCCAUUACAGAAUGCAGUGAAGAUGAGUCCCAUCAGUGUUUACAAUGCAAUAAGACAUUUACAGAUGAGAAUUCUUUAGUUCUACAUCAUAAAACACACUCUAGGGAAGUUGAGUUUUCUAGUCAUGCUUGGACAGAGAUUGGAGACAGAUGCUUCAAGUGCCCCCAUUGUCAUAAGAAUUUUGAAUGUAGGGAUACUCUUAUGACCCAUGUGAGCACACACACUGGAGAAGAAUCUUAUAGUUCUCAUUGUGACAAGGGAUCUUCUCAAAAGAAUUAUCUUACCCAUCAUAUAAGAACACAUACAGGAAAAAAAACCUAUAUCUGCUCUUAUUGUGAGAAGGGAUUUUCUCAAAAGAGUGAUCUUACCCAUCAUAUAAGAACACAUACAGGAAAAAAAACCUUUAUCUGCUCUUAUUGUGAGAAGGGAUUUUCUCAAAAGAGCGAUCUUACCAAUCAUAUAAGAAUACACACAGGAGAAAAACCUUUUCAUUGCUCUCAUUGUGACAAGAGAUUUUCUACCAAGGUCAGUCUUACAUAUCAUAUUAGGACAUAUACAGGAGAAAAACCCCAUAUUUGCUCUCAUUGUGAGAAGGGAUUUGCUAGAAAAAGUGAUCUUACCUGUCAUAUACGAACACAUACAGGAGAAAAACCUUAUCAAUGCUCUCAUUGUGAGAAGAGAUUUUCUUCCAAAGGCAAUCUUACAAGUCAUAUCAGAACACAUACUGGAGAAAAAACCAAUAUUUGCUCUCUUUGUGGGAAAGGAUUUUCUCAAACAUGCAGUCUUAUCAGUCAUCUAAGAACACACACAGGAGAAAAACCUUAUCAAUGCUCUCAUUGUGAGAAGAGAUUUACUGACAUGUCCACUCUUAGAAGUCAUAUAAGAACACAUACUGGAGAAAAACCUCAUCAUUGCUCUCAUUGUGAGAAGAGUUUUACUGACAAGACCGUUCUUACAAUUCAUGUUAGAACACACACAGGAGAAAAACCUUAUCAAUGCUCUCAUUGUGAGAAGAGAUUUACUGACAAGUCCACUCUUACCCGUCAUAUAAGAACACACACAGGAGAAAAACCUUAUCAAUGCUCUCAUUGUGAAAAGAGAUUUUCUGACAAGACUGUUCUUACAAAUCAUAUUAGAACACAUACUGGAGAAAAACCGUUUAUUUGCUCUCAUUGUGAAAAGGGAUUUGCUAAAAAAAGCCAUCUUACCCGUCAUAUUAAAACACACAUAGGAUAAACACUUUAUUGCGUUUUGUGAGAAGAGAUUUUCUUAGAAGUCUGUUCUUACCCAUCAUACAAGAACACAUACAGGAGAAAACCUCUAUAUUUAAGUCCUGCUGUGAAAUGGAAUUUGGUUAGCCCUUCACUAUGGUUUAAUUUAGCUAUUUGGAAGCUUGAUUUGGUAGUGUGUACCAACUCAAAACUCGAGCCAAAAUGACGGUAGAUAAUGAUAGGAGCAAUUACUACAGUAUUGUUGGGUGGAUGGUUUUUUAGUCCAGAAUACUUAUUUUAGUAUUAUCUCGGUAGAGUAUUACAAUUUAUAUGUAGUAUUUACACCACAGGAACUAUAACUUGAUGUUUGUAUUACCCCACCCCCCCAAAAAAAAAAAAAAAAUAGGAGUCAUAAUGAAAAUAUAUAAAUAAAAAUUAAAAGAUAAAAUGAAUAAGAAAGUAAAUAAUUGGAUUGGAGUUACUGGUUCAAUUGUGUGUUAUAAAUUGAAACAUUUUUCAUUUCAUUGGAGGGGAGGUAAACUUAUCUCUCAGAUUUUACCGGUCACAGUAGUCAAAACACAAACUAAAUGUUGUUCAUGUAAAGCCAUUUUUGUUAGAAUUAUUCCAUCUCUUAUAUUACAAACCUGGCUCAUUGCUCAUUUCAUAUUUUCUUGGGUGGGUAUUUUCGUGUUGUAAGGAGAGUUUUAUAUAUUAAGGGUGAUGCAUGCUUUUGUAAUAAACUUGUUUCAUA